CUCGGCAUUUUCCUGUUUCUAGUUCAGUUCGUCGAAAUAGUAACUUAUUUACUGUAUUGAGUAUACAUUAUCCUCCGAGUAAAGAAGUUUCUUAUUUUUAUUCGAUUUUUAUUAUUAGAGUAAAAUUAAAUACAAAAUACAAAUUGUGAUUCAUUUUUUAAUGUAAUUGUUAAAUUUUAUAAUUUUUAUUUUGAAUUAUAUACUGUUAAUUAAAAAGGAUCUAUUCAUAUACAAACACUGAUCCUUGGUGCAAUGAUGACAUGUUAACCAACAACGAAUUGUUAUUACUAGCAUUAUUAGCUGAAGACUCCUCACUUGACCAUCUUGAAUGGACCGCGAUUUUGCUGUUGUUAAGUACCCAAAAUCAACUAUCUGAAUGUAGUUCCUCAUCGUUAUCAUCACAUCAGUCGAUGGAACAACGUCCAUACUUUGGCCAACGGGACGGUCACAUUAGAGAUGCAUUACUGGAAAAAGAGCUGGACUGGCUGGCUAAGGAAGACCGUGGCAAAAGAUUACGUGUUGAUAGACAGACAUUUCACAAAUUAUUGUCGAAAUUGCACCCAUACAUGGCUAAAGUUAAAAACGGACUGAAAGUGAGUGCUGCUAGGCGUUUGACAGCAACUCUUAGAUUUCUAGGUACCAGCUCUACAUUACAAGAAAUUAAGGUUGAUACCCACAUAUCACCUCAAAUGUUAGCAAAGAUCAUUGUAGAAACUUGUGACUGUAUUAUAGAAGCACUCAAAGACUACAUUAAGUGCCCUCAAACAGAAGAAGAAUGGAUGCUAGUGUCAACAACUUUUGAACGUACUACAAGAUUUCCAUCAUGCUUAGGUGCUGCAUGUGCGCGUCAUAUUGAACUUCGUAAGGCAUCUAAAGCAGAUUCAGAUUAUCUUAAUGAACGCCGUCGACCAAGUGUUUUACUAUCAGCCGUAGUUGAUUCCAACUAUGAGUUCCUCUUGGUAGAUACUUGCCCAAGUGGGCAUCUUUCUGAAGAUAACCCACCAAAUACAAUUUUAGAACGCAAAUUGAGAAUGACUAAGUUACCAUGUCAGCUAAAUUCUAAUCAGUUACCUUACGUAUUUGUAGCUGAUGAAUGUUUUAAACUUCAAGAAAAUUUUAUGGUGCCCUAUAGAGCAGUGAAUGAUAAAGGUGGGGACGCUAAUAAACUUUUUAAUAGACAAUUAGUCAGAGCCAAUCAAAGGGCUGCCAAAACUCUGGCCAUUAUGGCAUGGAGGUUUGGUGUACUUCAAACACCUGUUAACUUAGAAGCAAAAAAAGUACAAAUCAUCGUUAAAGCCUGCUGUUAUCUUCACAAUUUCUUUAAGCGCGAAAGUGCUUAUUAUAUAGACAGUAAUAUGGAAGCUGUUAUUAAAGCAGAUAUGGCUCCAAUUGUGUGGGGUCCAAAUACUACGGUCAUACCCCACAUCAAUAAUUUUGAUAGUGACCCACAAUAUGUAAGGGAUAGUUUUUCAAAAUAUUUAUAUACAUUAUCUAAACAUCAAACACGUGUCUGUAAAUAAUUUUUAUUCAUAAAACAAUUUAGUUGAUUUUUAUAGUUAAUUUGUCUAAUUAAACAAACUAUUAAACAUAGUACUGAUUAUUUUAUACUAGUCUAUUUGAAAUUUUACAAUUAGUAAAGUUAUCAAAUUUUAAAUUAUUUUUUGUAUAAUAUAGGUAGGUAUACUUGAUGUAUAAUGUUGACACCUUGUCUUAAUAAAAAUUCCUUAAUUAAACUAAAAUUAGGUUGGUUCAAAAUUAAAUUAAAUUAAUAAAUAAAUAAAAAUAUAAGAAAAUAACAGUUUAAAAUUGUUUAUAAUAAAUUCAUAUUUCAUUGGUAUUGUAUGUUUAAUUGACUUUGCAAAAUUAUAAAUAUAACACUAGGGUUUAAUGACUGAGAUUACUAACUGGUUAUACAUAGGAGGUCUUCCAUUAUCCAUUCUUGCCAAUUUUUAAACUUGUUUAUACUAUUUGUACUAAUAUACACUUAAUGUUAUUAUUAUUAUUUUUUUUACCUUACCAAAAAAAUGUACCAAUAUUAACUACAGGGUGUUCUGGUUUGUACAGUAUAAUUCAAUAUGUUUAUACGGGCAAUUGCAAUUAUUCAUUUAAUCUAUUAAAAUGUGAUAAAAUCAGCUUCAGUAUAACAUUUUAGUAUAUUAUAUAACCUAUCCCUGUAUUUAAUUUUAAACAUAUAAAUUCUGGAAAUUAAUUAAAAGGUGGUGUAAAUAAAAUGAUUCAUCUAAAUGUAUACUUUGGGUAUAAUAUAAUUAUAUUAUGCUCGUAUCAUAUUCUUUUUUUAUACAAAUGGAAAUCAAAUAAUAUUAAAUAUAUACUGUUUAAGAGUAAUUACUACCAUCUAAUAUAUUUUUUUAGCAAUAUUUUAAUAUUGAACACAACUUUUUUUAUUUCAAAUGUAAAUUACAAGCUACAUAAGAUAAAUUAAUAAAAAAUGUCAAAGUGUUUAUGUUUAAUAAUUUAAUAUAUCUGUACUUUUGUUCCUUUUUUUUAAUUAUUAAAUAAAUUAAUCUAAAUAAUAUUUGACAUGGUAUUAAUGAUGUUUAAAUAUAACUUUACAAAUAUUGGGGUUAUGAAUAUUUUUGAUAUUUUGAUUUAUAUCCAAUGAAAAUUAAAUUUUUGUUUUGGGCAAAUUACUAACGAUAAUCAAACUCUAUACUCGGAACAUUUUAAGAUAAUGCUGCAAAAAAUUAAUUUAUCUGUAGAUUGUGAACCAUUACAUUGGCUCAUUAUAUUUUUUUAACAUUUUUCUUUUUUUGUUUAAAACUAUAUUUUUAAAGAUGUGAUUAUAUUAUGUUUGUGGGCCUUGUGAUUUAACCUAAUACAAUUUUACUAAGACUAUGUUCUGUAACAAAACAUAUUCAAUUAUUUAGUUUUUAUGUGUUCAUAUGUAGUCACGCUUUUUAUUAGAUUAAAAAUAUAUAUGGAUUAAAAUAUUA